AUGGGGGUCAAGGGUCAAGCAAAAUGGAGUCUGGUCUCUCUGUUGCUGAACAUGUUAGUGCUGGCGGCAGGGACACAGGCGACGGCGAUCACAACCUCGGAGACAUCCCCAGGUGUGUGCACAGUCAAAGGAAGAGUCUUCACUCAGAGAAACUGGUACGGAUAUUUGGUCCAUAAAGCCUUCCAUCGGGAUUACGCCAAGAUCCAGUACCAGAUCACCUACCCAGUCAAGGAGUGCUGCGCCAACUUGCUGAUUUACUACGAUGAUCAGGUCAAGCAGCUGCGCUCAUCCAUGACCUGUGAACAGCGACUUGCUGUCUUGCCUGCUGACAAUAACCAGGUGAUCCCACUUCGAGCCACCAAUGACUCCAGUGGUUGCACCUUGUGGAAUGAAACUGGAGAAGCAUUUUAUGUUUGUCUUGGGGAGAGAAUCUUCCGGUCGUCAGUUCCCAGGACAUGGUUCUUUGCUGUGAGUCGAUGUGACCAGAGUGGACAGCUUAAUUUAAACUAUGUUUUCAACAUAACGGGUUACUAUGGCGAGUGUGAAGAUGACCCACUAGCACCAUCUUCAGGGUGGAAUUCAUAUGUUGGAUAUCUGGACAAUGAUCAGGAAUCAUCCUCUAGUGAAGAUGUCUACAAGUAUCUGUCCAUCUCCUUGGGAAUCGUAGCAGGGUUGGGACUUAUCUUAGCUGCCGUUUUCUUUGGGCUUUGGUUCAUGGGACUUAAAAAUGCAGCAAAAGGGAAAGGAAGUUCGGUAACUUCAUCUCAAGCAACAAUGACUCAAGAUGAUAUUUUCUAUGUGAAUCCAUCGUUGUCUGAGAGAGAACAAGUUGAGUACAGCCAGAGUGGGUCUGAGAAUUAUUACGAGGUGAUACCAGAACGAAGAAGCUAUGAGAGCAUCAAUGCAGGAUUGGCAAAUGGUGGGAUGCAUCUGAGGCAGUUGAGGUCGCCACAUGGUACUUUGGGUCACCACCCACACGCACACCACCAUGGUCACGGACAUGCCCAUCAUGCCCACCAUGCACAUCUGACUCAACCUAAAGAUCCCAAUAAUCUCAGGACUGUGACCUACAUGUUCGAAGACUACCCACCUCCCCCAUACCAGCCUCCCAGAAUUCUAGGGAUCCCCAAAAAUGCUUCAGGGGGUCCAAACUCUGGCCACAACCACAACACAGUCUCUCUGCCUGCCAGUCGCCAGAGGCCUACGAUAAUUCAUCAUGCUUACCAUUCCAGUCUUGUCCCUACUUCGGCUGCCUUGGGAAAUGUUGGAAUGAACCACGCAGGCCAUAGUGGGAAUGCCAUGGCAAGCAACAUCAGUUCUGCAAUGAUGAAUCUCAACAGUGACAACAAUGCCGGCAACCACAUGAUCAAAAGCAACAGCAACAACAGUGGUCUGAUGAUGACCAGCAUGGGCAACCAACAUUUUCCUACCAGUUUGGUUUCAUUUGGAGUUGGAAACAUGUCCAACGCUGGGGGUGGAAUAAACAUGACAACCUUGGGAAACCACCAGAUGUUGAGCAGUAUUAUGUCCCAUUCCUCUGCCAAUGGUCACCAGCCACUGAGUUCAAGCACUCCGCUGCCUAGUCUGGCUGCGUCUAUGAAUUCAGGAGGACUACAUAUUCAUGGCCUAUCAGAAACCAGCGCAUGA